AUGGAAACAGUUGAUAUUCUUUCAGAACGUGACAAAUGGAUUUUGUUAGAUGCUCCUCGAUGUUCAGAGGAGGAAUUACAGGAAGAAACUGCCCGUUAUGGUUUAGAGAAUGAUCCUCAAACAGCUCGCUUUUGUAAAUUUGUUGCUGUAGCAACAAACUUUGCUUCAUUGAGAUUCGCCGAACGAAUCCAACUUGUACCUGAGCUCAUCGAUAGUAUUAGACAACUUCUUGAAGAGAUUCAACGUGAAAUGCAGGAAAUGGCUGGAAUGGGCACAUCACUUGAAGAACUGGUUCAUCGUUUAAAUUCUCUGGUUCUCACCACUCAGCACAAUAUGAAAAUGAUGUUACCCGAUCUGAAGAAUGCCAAAGACUAUUUAGAUAUCACCGUCGAGGCACUUCAGUCCAAUGCUGAUGAACCCUUAAACGACCAAGAUCGAUCAGAUAUCGAGAUCGCUCUGGAUGGAAUGUGUUUCGGCAUCCAAAAUUUGCUUCAGUUGUCCCAAAAGUCGGGUGAACAGAGUGAGAAACUGGAUCAGGACAUCAAAAACCUACAGCAAACGGUCCAAAAUAAACGAGUAGUAGUCGAAGGCCGUAUCGAUUUCGGUGAACACUUUAAGAUCGUUAGCCAGGCAAUCGCUGCUGUUGGAACUUAUACAGCCUCAAAUGCUCUCACAGCAAACGGUAUGCAGCAUCUUGGACGUAUUCCUGGUCUCAUUCGAGUUGGAUCCCUCAUCUACCCACCUCUUCGACCUAUUCUAAUUUCGGUCGUGCUUGGUGGAAUCACCGCCAGCACCAUCAGCAUGUUGGUCAAGCGCUUUUGGCUCAAACACAACUAUCGUGCCUUGGAAAUUUUAGAAAAUCUCUUCGAUCAUCUCAUACGUCUGAAUGAAGCAAAUGACCGUUUUGGAAUGUAUAUGCGCAAUUCACAAACGAGUGCUAACGACGUUCUUGUCAACAUUAAAACAGUGCAACGCCAAAUCACUUCCUCUAGUCCACGUAUACGAAAAAUGAACCAAGCGGUAUGCCAACGAGCCUCUAAAGCUACAUUUAGCAUGAUCGAUAGUAUUGAGAAAGUUUUAGCCAUCGAUAUGGCUGACUGGACUUCGUUUUCCGCCCAGCGCAUCGCUACAAAUGAGAACAAAUCACCCUCAAAUCAACGUACACUCGCUUUAACAUAUGAGUUUGAUUAA